UACAUCUACCCUGGAAGGACACCAGAGGGGCAUCAUUGGCACUAUGUCUGUGGAGGAUAUAUACAAAGACAGGAAGCUCUUUAACACAAGAGUCUUCGAUUCUGCGUCGAAGGACCUUUGCACUCUAGGACUCCAGCUUCUGUCUUACACUAUCAAGAAUAUCUGGGAUGAAAAUGGCUAUUUAACAGCCUUAGGUAUGUCCCGAACGGCAGAGGUUCAAAGAGAUGCUCGUAUAGGGGAGGCCAUAGCCCAGAAAGAUGCCUCCAUCAAGAAGGCCAUUGCAGAUGAAGAACUAACUGCUUCCAAAUAUGCCAACGAGACCUUGAAAGCCCAGGCCAACAGAGACUUCGAGACUCAGAAAGCAGGAUAUGAUAGAGAAGUUAAUACCAAGAAAGCUGAGGCUGAUUUGGCCUACACGCUGCAAGAGUGCAUCACAAGACAGAAGAUCAAAGAGGAAGAAAUGGAAACGAAGGUUGUGGAGAGAAAGGGUCAGAUUGCACUGGAAGAACAGGAAAUUGAACGUCGUAAGAAGCACAUUGAGUCUACGGUCAAACAACCUGCCACAGCUGAAAAGUACAGGCUAGAGGUUAUUGCAGCAGCAGAGAGACAGAAGGCAGUACUCGAAGCCGAAGCCGAGGCUGAAGCAAUCAAGCUCAAGGGUGAAGCCGAAGCCUUUGCCAUUGAGAAGAGAGCCAAGGCUGACGCUGCCCAGUUGCACAGUAAAGCUGAAGCCUAUGAUGAGUUUGGAAAGGCUGCCAUCUUGGACAUGUACCUUAACACUUUGCCAAAGAUGAUUGGAAACAUUGGCCAGGCUCUGGCAAACACCAAAUCAGUAAAGAUGGUGUCCACAGGGGACAGUGCCUUAGGCGCCCACAAAAUGACGAAAGAAGUGAUGGACAUUGUCGUGAGCGUCCCAGACAUGAUAAACGACAUGACGGGAGUGAAUAUGAAACAGACUCUUCAGACUGCAGUGUAGUGCCACUUAUGAUAAAAAAUCACAAACAUUACCCUUAACCAUAAGAAAUGGCGCUGGAGAGAAGAGAAGAAAGGGG